CAAAAGAACCAGGAAGCUGCCAGCCCCCGCCCAGCCCUGCCGCUCUCCCCGCACCCGCAUCCCCUGCCCGGGGCACUAAGCAGGAGCGGCGGGACAGGACAGGUCACGACCAACCACGCUGGCACUGUUUGCAGGCCUCCGUUCCCCACCACGCUGCAGGAUGGCUUGCCUGGGCCUCACCCUGCUAGCCCCGCUCCUCCUGGCCCUGCCCUGCAGCUGGGGGCAGCCAUGCCCGCCUGUGCCCAGAAAUGCCACGGCGUUCGUGUGCACCGCACCGGACCUCUACGUCUUCCCCUCCGGCCUCCCCAGUAGCAUCCUAAGCAUCUCGGUGGAGUUCACCAACCUCAGCGCCGUGAGCGAGGAUGCGCUGCAGGGGCUGCCCCUGCUCCAGGAGCUGCAUCUGUCCAGCAACCGGCUCCACUGCCUCCCUGCCGGCCUCCUCUGGCCCGUGCCCGAGCUCCGCGUCCUGGACCUCACUGGCAACCUGCUGGAGGACCUGCCCCCCAAGAUCUUCUGUGCCAGCAGGCUCCUGCAGCACCUGGUGCUGGAGGGGAACCGGCUGGGGAGAGUGCAGCCCUCCUGGUUCCGGUCCCUGGGGGCACUGCAGUGGCUGGACAUCUCCGGCAACCAACUCCAAAAGCUGCCCCCGCAUUGCUUCCUCGCGCUGCACGCCCUGCAGAGCCUGGACCUGUCCCACAACUUCCUGAGCAGCCUGCCCGCUGCGGCGCUGGAAGGCCUGGCCCAGCUGGAGCGGCUGAACCUGGAGGGCAACCGGCUGCAGGUGCUGGCCGAGGACACGUUCCACCCCACCUGCGGCCUCCGCUACCUCUUCCUGCAGAACAACAGCCUGAGCGCGCUGCCCGAUGCCGCCCUGCUCCCGCUGCGCCGGCUGGACACGCUGGACCUGUCCCACAACGCCCUGCACACCCUGGACUUCCACCUGCCCGAGCCCCGCGAAGCCCUCGGCCUGGACCUGUCCGGGAACCCCUGGGUGUGCGACUGCCACGCGGCCCACUUCCUGUGCUGGCUGCGGAGCCGGCCCGUGCACCUCUACGCCCGCAACCAGACCCUCUGCCAGGCCCCCCCGGAGCGCUACAACCGGAGCCUGGCCACGCUGGCUGAGAGCGAGCUCGGGGUCUCCUGCCCGCUGGCCCCUAGGCCAGGGAAACCGGAGAGCCAGGAGCUGCCCCCAAGCCAAGUGGGCAAGGCCUAGCUAUGGGCUGUGCCAGCUUCCACCCCCACCCUGGCAUCCCCAGGGCAGCCUUCCUUGUCCCCUUCCUCCUCCUCCCCGCGCUGGUGUCUGGGCAAGAGCCCACCUGAGCGGCUCUGGGUCUGUCUCGGGCUGUUCCCUCCCCCGAAAGGGUGAUGGGUCCUCGCCCUGAUGCCCCAGAUGCCCAGGCCUUGGCCAAAACCCCGCCGUGCUUGCCCCCAGCCUCCCAGCAGACCUCGGCCCUCCAUCUCCCAGCCCGCCUGCAUCGCACCCCCAGCCCCUCGGACCAGCCCCCCUUGGCAGCACCGAGGGGCUGUUCUUUGGGUCCGAGAAGCCAUUUUAGCUCAGUUCGCGGUGGUGGGAAUUGUGUCCUGCCAGUGGCUGGCUGGAUCCAGGGCCCGUCCUUGAGCCAGGCCUCCCAAAAGGCUGUGUGCAAACAUUGCAACACACGUGUGGCUUCCUCCCGGCCUGUUGCAAGCAUGCCUGCCCUCCCCCCAGCUUUCCUCUUCCAAAACAGCCUCCGAGGAGUGGGGGCUGACGGGACUGGGGUGUAUGCAUAAUGCAGAUGUGCCACCAAGCUGGCACUGAUCGAGCAAGUUCCCACUCCUCCUGGAUUGGAGGCGUUGGCAUGUACAGCGCCUGGCGCACCAGGAUGGAUGGGCACCUAAUAGGUGGCAAAGAGCUGCCUUUCUGACCCUGGAGGGGUGGGAGUGAGUGCCCAGCCCAGCCAGCCUUAUAGUGGGCAAGCACUUUCACCUGCUUUGGGAGUCCUGGGGGGUGGGUGCCCAGUGACGGGGGGCAUUUCCACUGCUCUGCUUUCCCUUCUCUCCUAAACGUGAGCUCAAUAAACAUCAGUGCACACACCUGA